UUCACGUCCAAAGCAUUUGCCGCUGCCCUCUUCCGCGACUUUUCACUCAAACCGACGCUAUUGCAGCCCAAACCCUUUCUCCGGUGGCCCCUCUCUCGAUCUCGCCGGCUAUAUUUCUCCGACGGUGGUAGUUCAUCUCAGAUUUCCAAUUAAUGGCAAAGCCAAAACAGAGACAAUCUGCUCAUUCACGUUCAAACAAGAAUGAUGAUCCGGAUGCUGAGCAAAUUGACCAACUAGCUGAAGAUGAUUGGGUGAUAGUCAAGAAGCAGAGAGUCACUAUUCUUAUUCCUGCUUUACCUGCCUUUGAGCAGCCCAUAGCGAUUAAUAGUGGAGAAAGCCCUCUGCAGGCACAGCCAAGCAAAGCUAUGAAUACCCCGUCGUCUCCAGUGCCCAUAGUGCUUAAUUGUGGAGAAAGCCCUCGGCAGGCACAACCGAGAAAAACUAUCAAUAUCCAGCCUUCUAUAGUAGAAGAAAUGCACACUGAGAAGCAUGCAGUUGUUCAAUGUGAGAAAUCUAUAUCUUUGGGCCAUGAACAUACUGUGCAAAUUAUCAAUGUAGCUCCUGCCCCUCCUCAACCCACAUUGCAUUUCCCGAAGCCGUCAAGAUUAAGUAUUGGCUCAGAAAAUCCACCAGUUUGUAGUUUUAGAUCCAGCAAGAUAAAUGGUCUUUGCAAUGUGACAAAAGUGAGCAAGCAAACUAUGAUUAUUGCCAAUGGAGGUUCAAUGAUUAAUAAAAGAAUGAGGGCAUUUAAUCUUGAGAGAAGGCUUCAAAGAGCUGGUGGGCUGACCAAUUGGCUAGUUUCAUUAGGCCUUGGUCAUUUCAUAAAGAUCUUUCAGGGUAAGAAUGUCAAUAAAUUUCAGCUGGCGAAUUUGACAAUGGAAAAGCUGAAGGACAUGGGUUCAUUUGCUGUUGGUCCCCGGAGAAAGCUGAUACAUGCUAUUGAUUGCCUUUGCCAUCCAUAAUGUUCUAAUCAUGCAUGAGCUCAUGAGAUAGUUAUGACUUCUCCGCAUUUGACAAAGUCAGGGAAGCAUUCCCUGCGAAAGGUACACUCAAUCCUUUAGCUAGGCCUGUCUUCAAUACAUGUAAAUUGUAAAUAUACCCUGUGAAAGAUCCUAUAUCUGUGAUAUGUAAUUUGAAACUCAGAACUAUAUUUAGAUGAGAUACUCAAAUUGUAGCAGCAGUACCCAUCUUGGCAUCUUCCACCAAAGAUGGGCACAGCCCUAAAAAAUAUGGGACAUACUAAUGCAGGCAGCCUUUAGUGCCAAUCUGGUGAUAUCAUAAAUCCUAUUGGAAGAUUGAGAAGUUUUUGUUUAAUAUUCUAUUUUGUUUUCACUUUUUAAAAGAAUGGAACAUGUUGCUU